ACCGAGCUGCAAGUUUCUAGUCAGUUGUGAGAAAGUCAAGGUUCUGAGAAGAGUUUCAUGUGCUCUGAUUGACUACUGAAAGAAACAGACUAUACCUGACGAGAGAAAUUCGUUAUCAAUGAACCUAUAUAGGAGUUUUGGGAAUCUUCUGGAGAGUUGGGUGACCAAAGGCAACCAGGAUUUAUACUUACAGCCUGGACCUGGUGUGGAUGGAUUCGAUUCCCUUUCUAGGGACUCUGUCCCACUAUCCAAUGUAAAAUCAGAAUCUGAGGACUCCGGAUUUGAGACGGUUAGUACAACUAGUCCUUGUCAUUCUCACCAGUUUAGUGCUUUGACAUCUGAAGAAUCACAGCCAGUUUUUGGCUCUACAGAGAAUGAGGUUCGACCUUCAUCCCAGUCUCCUUCGAUGUGCUCUUCCUCAUCCUCAAGUGUUGAUCUCAGCUCGGUGGCUCUAAAAACGGCACAUCUGGAGGUGGAGCAAGUCUUGAGACGGACAGAUUCAGGCUCAUGGAGAGGACCCCUGCAGCAGAUUGAAAGGGGGACCGGUGGGCCACGGUAUCGCUCUAACACUGCCUCAUUUCCAUCCAGCUUCCACUCAAACUGCUCCAGGCCACGUCAUCGGCUUGCACUUCCAAGGAGAACUCAUUCACAACCUCCAGAUUCCAAGAAAGCGGAGCUGUACAGAAAAUGCCUAAAGUCAGACCAACAUGGCCAACCAGGAGACAUCCAGCUGGAGCAGCUUGUGGAGAGUGAUCAUUGCAGGCUGGACAAGCUGUCUCCAGGGUUGCUGUACCUGGAGCAGGUGUGCAGGAUGAUGGAGAACAUUGCAACGCUACAGCAGCAAAACUACAGCCUGCAGAAAGAGGUGGAGAUCCUGAAGAGUCAGCAUGCUGAAAAAGAGCUUAGAAGCUUUCAUGAGGAGGAAAUAAGCUAUCCAGCCAGCCAAAGUUUACAGAUUCUGGGUCAUGAAGAUCCAUCCAGCGAAUCAACUCACCUAAAAGAACACAUGGGAUUUCGUCGAAGAUCAGUAUCUGACACUCAGGCAGCCGUCGGCCGGCACAGGAGAACAAGGUUUUUUCGAGACAAACCUAUUGUAGAUGUCUUAGUUGAGGAACCUGAUGGUAAAGAUCCUUUACCAGGAAAUGAGCCAAAAAAGCUGAGUAAGAUCCAAAAGCUGAAAUUUGCAUCAUUUAGAAGACAGGAGACACAACAGUCUGACAGAGAAAGCAAAAGCUUACAGCCUAAGAAGAAAACAAGAAUGCCAAGCUUUUUCAGUAGGAGUAGAAGCAUGACUACACGUCUCUAACAUUGAUGCCCAGUGAUGGUGAUUCACAUCUCCCAUUUACCUGAGGAUUAUGGCACUUUUAU